CAUUCGAUUCGUGACUUUGAAAUACGUUAUUCUGUCUUCUAAAAUGCUUCAGGUUUUUCUUUGGUGUUCAGUUAUUUCUAUAAUUCUUUAUUUAACAAGCAACACAUUCAGAUAUUAUGCGAAAUAUGGAGUAUAUCUUCUGGUUUUGACGAUUAUAUCCACUAUAACAGUUCUAUGGAUUUUGUUCACAUGCAGACCUAAAAGCAGUGAAAAUUUUAGGUUUGCCAUUUGGUCCCUUCACAAAUUGAAGUACCUCUAUGGCUGGGAAUUUGAGACUCACGGCAAAGAAUAUUUAAUGAAUGAUAAGCCUUUAGUGGUUCUUGUGAACCAUCAGAGUGGUUUAGAUUUAUUAGGUUUAAUGGAACUAUGGGAUUGGCGAUAUCAUUGUACAGCUGUGGGCAAGCGAUCUCUGAUGUACAUGGGAGUGUUUGGACUUGCCUGUUAUCUUUGUGAUGGGGUGUUUUUAGAUAGACAUGAUCAUGCUAAAGCUGUCCAACAAAUGAAUGCAGUAGUUGAUCAAAUACACUCCAAAAAGUUAAAAGUGUUUGUUUUCCCAGAAGGUACUAGAAAUCGUAAUGGUUCUAUGUUGGCAUUUAAAAAAGGAGCCUUUCACAUAGCAGUUCAAUCUCAGGUGCCAAUUGUUCCUGUUGUUUUUUCAUCAUAUAAAUCCAUCUACAGCAAAGAAAAGAAAAUUUUUAAAUCUGGAAAAAUCACCAUCACUUGCCUCCCUCCAGUUUCCACUGCCGGUCGGACCAAAGACGAUAUUCCUGAAUUAAUGAAUUCUAUACGAAAUUCUAUGGUAGAAACUUAUAACAGGACUUCAUCUUCUGUAGGAAAAACAGAGUAGCCCUGAAUGUAUUCUGAUGUAGACCAAGUUAACUUGUCCAAGUCCUUGGCAAACUGUGGGGCAUUGUAUUUCUAAUAUUUUCUUUUUAUCUGCUUAUUAUUUCAUCAGAUUAAAUUUUUUUAAACAUUAAAAAAUUAAAUUUUAAGUUUAACAGAAAUACAUGUACAGUAAAACUUGUCUAAUCUGGAUACCACUGGUUCCAAAGAAAUUGGCCCGAUUAGGCAACAUUUUCAAUUAGACAACAUCUUAAACAAUUGAAUUUACUGAAAGGAACUUAAAGUUUCCAUUGUAUUAGACAAGAUUUCGGAAUAUCCAAUAUCUGCAUUAGACAAGUUUCAAUGUAUAUUCCUGUCUUUUAAGACCAAAUCUACAAAUAUAGAUUCCUCUUUGAAUUUUAGACAUUACAAUUGUCCAACUGGGUAAAUAUUUUGCCCAUUUACAUUAAAAAAAAUUUUUUUUUCAUUAUUGUAUCCCAUUUUAAGUAUAACAUUUCAUCGCUUAAUGAGUUUCACAUCUGUUAACAAUAUUUAUUUUAAACUAAAUAUUGUACUAUUUUUAGCUCACCUCGACAAGGUCAGGGAGAGCUUAUACUAUAUUUUUUCCAAGCAACUCUAUGCACUAUAUCGAUCAGAGUUAAAUGAAAGAUGCAUCUAGAAUCUUUCAUUGUAACAGGUUUCAGAUGUUGCAUUUUCAGCCAAUAUGAUCCAAAAGAAUGACCCAAGUUACUGGUAAUGUUUUGGAGCAGGUUAAAGUUUUAGAAGCAAGUCUCAUUCCCAAGUAACUACACAAAAGGGUGAAAAAUAUUUCUGCAUGGUUAAUUUUUACUAUAUACAUGUAAUUCAUUAAAAACUGAUAAAUGUUUUAAAAACAUUGCUAAAAUAUUUCUAUGGCAGCUAUAGCUAUAAUUUUUUUUUCAAAUCAUGCACCAUUGUCUAGAUAUAAAGCUGAUACUGUUACAGGUAUUUAGUUAGCUAUUACAGUUUUUAGCAUUCAACGGGGAUAAUCUUGAUGCAAGGACUUUGUUUGAGCUUCAUCUUAUGCAUAUAAAUUUCUAUUAAUCAAAAUUCAACUUAGAACUGAUUCUUAGAUCCACAUUAAAAUACUAGAAAUAACAGGUAGAAUUACUUUUAUCAUAGAUCUGAAAUAAAUUCUGCAUAAUUUGUGAAAAUUUCAUUAUAAAAACAAUAAAUAACAAUUUUUUGGUGAAAUUUUCAAAAUAGAAGGUUUUUAAAGUAUUAGAUAGUAAAAUUUAAAAGUAUAGAAAUACUUUUUACCUUUGAAUGUUUAUGCCCUAUAGAGUUUAAACUCACAAUAAUGAUGCAUCUAGGGAUGCACACUACCAGACUUGCUUCAGAUGCUUAAUCUGUCCUACCUAUUCCAGAAUGAGUGAACAGGUUAAAGUUUUUGGUGCAGGCCCAAUCCCAAGUAACUAUAGGUGUUAUGGUGAUUAAAUUUGGAUGAUGGAUCUAGGAAUGCACACUACCAGUUGCUUUGCUUUGCUAGAUGUGCCUACAUUUUCUGGAUGAUCAAAUAGGUUUUUGAAGAAAGUUCAUUUCCAAGUAACUAUAAGCACUGUGGUCACUAAACAUGCAUGAUGUAUCUAGGUCUGCACACUACCAGAAUUGCUUUGCAUGCUGGAUGUAACCUGCAUUUUCUGGAUGAUUGAACAGGUUUAAGUUUUUGGAGUAGGUCCAUUCCCAAGUAACUAUAAACCAUAUGGUGACUUACUAGUAACUUGCAAGAAUGAUGCGUGUAGGAAUGCACUCUAACCAGACUUUCUUUGGAUGCUAAAUCUGACGUACAUUUUUUUAUGAGUGUUCUUGUAGCAGGUUUAUUCCAAUAAGCCAUAUGGUGACUAAACUUGCAUACAGGUGUGUAUGGCAUCUAGGGAUGCACACUACCAGACAGGCUUCAGGUGCUGGAUCUAACUUUAUCUUGGUGGUUGAACAUGUUAGAUUUUUGGAGCAGGUCCAUUCCUAAGUAAACCAUUCAUUCUAUCAAGACCAAACUUGCAUAGAUGUUGCAUCUAGGGAUGUACACUAGCUACUAAAGAAGUGGUUUGGUAUGAGACUUUGUCUUCUUGAUUGUAGAAAUUCAUAAGUGAGAUAUAUUGCAAGGGCACAACAUUUUAUCCACAACAAUGAGAUAUUUAGUAUUUUGUUUUCACUGAACAAAAAACCCAAGCUUGUGAAAAAAUUUGGAAUUUUAUUCAGAUGUUUUGCUACCGUAAAUAUUUUUUGAGCAUUUUCAGCCAGGAUAUUACAGCUGAUGAGUUUAUUUACAGUUGAGGGAAGCAUUUCUAAGAUUUCAUGUUAAUUUGAUUGUUUAUCCUGAUUCUCUAUGUGAAAAAUGACAUUUUGAAAAUUGUUGUUGAGUACUAGUUUUAGCAACUUUAAUUGUUAAUUAUGUAUAUCUGAGGAUGAAAAGACUGGGACAUUUAUUAUGAAGUUCAAAAUCAAAAAAGUAUAUAUGUCAUAUUUCAUCAAGCUCAUUCCUCCACUAUAUUUAAAAAGAAUUAGAUCUGCUUUUUUGGAGAAAGAAUGGAACUCAAAUAAAAGAAGCAGAUAUCUGAAAGAAAAUCUGAGGAAAAACCUAGAUGGAUGUUUUUAUACCCCUGCAACAAAGGUUGGGUUAGAUAUAUUGAAAUCACCUUGUCUGUCUGCCUCUGUCUUAGCAAUCAUGUCUGGACCAUAACUUCAUAUAAACAGAAACAUUGGUAGUUCAUACUUAAAAAAAAAAGAUUGCUUAAGACCUGAGGGUGUUUCUUGAUCUUAAUCUAAGGUUAUUUUGGCAAGGUCAAGGCCACUGGCAGGAAAAAAUUUAUAAUAGAGGAAGUUCAUAUUUUUCACAAAGAUUUUUUAUGAUCUGAUGAUAUUGUGGUCCUGAACUCAAUGUCAUCUGGAAAAGUUCUAGGCCACUAGCAGAGAAUGUUUAUAAUUCAUAUCUGACCGUAAAUUUCUAACAAAGAAACAUUUGACACACAUACUUUACAGAAAGAUUACUUAUGACCUGAGGGUGUGUCCUGACCUUGUGCCAAAGAUCGUUAAUAGAAAAUUCCUACAGAGAUGAUUACAGAAAGUGGGGCUUAGUGAAGAUUUCAAAUGUGAUUGCAGUUUUGCAUUAAAUGUUUUCCUUUUUAUAUGUAGUAGUUCAUGUCUUCAACGUCCCAUUUUGAUAUUUUUCUGCAAGAUUUUUUUCACUUGUGCCAUGAUAAUCACAAAGUGUGAAAUGCCAAAAAUUGUUGAAUAAAUGUUCUAUUAAAGUAAAACAA